ACCUUUUAAAUGGGAGAAGGAAAAGAAUGGUGUUAUUUUUGCAACUUUUCCUGCUGAGCUCCCCUUACAAGAAAUACGGUAGGGAAGGAGGGCGGUGGAGGAGUGGGCGUGGCUUGGGCUUUUCCCCGCCCUUUUAACCCUUGCUAGGACAGAGCUGAGCAGGGCGUGGAGUUGAUUGAGCGGAUGGUGGGAAUCGGAUGGUGCUGUUUUGGCUGCUGAGAUGGAAAGAGGCAGGUAUAAAUAAAUAAAAUUCCAGGCCGCCACCCAAGAGAGGAGGAGUGGAAGCUCAUGACGGAGAAGUGGAUGAAGGCAAAGGAGGGAGAGAGAGGGAAUCGGAGACAGAGUUGCGAGCGGCAGACAAAUGAAAGGAGAAAAAAAGAAGAAACUUUCUGAGGAUUUCUGAGAACUGUGAGCAAACUUCCUGGAUAUAGCUGGGUCAGAGUGGCACCAGGCAAGAUCCAACUUGGAAAUCUCAGAGGAUAUACAGUUUUCUGCCUUUUGCUGCACUUGGCGCUGCCUUUCGGUGGAAGCAACAGACUAGGGCCACUACAAAAGCAGGAAGAGAGACGACGCGGGACGUUCCUGUGAGUCAACCGGAGCUGUGCAGGGCGGAAAAAGGCAGUUGGGAGUGUCUCCUUUGCAAAGAUGCCCAUUCUCAAGCAGUCCCCCGUUUCCCACUCCAAGAAGCGGCCCCGUCUGGACCGGGCCAUGAUCAGCGCCCCAUUGGGGGACUUUCGGCACACGAUGCACAUUGGCCGAGGCGGAGAUGCUUUUGGUGACACAUCGUUCCUCAGUAAUCACGGAGGAUCCAAAGCCAAUGGAUUGUCCUCAGAAGUGGCUGCAUCUCCUGGGACUCCAUCCAAUCCUGGAGAUGUUUCUGGGCCCAUCGAACUGCUGUCUUCCCCUGGGAGUGGGAAUGGCGUCUUUCAAAGCCCAGCAACGUCAACCCCAGAUGGAAGCUUUGUGGUCCUGCAGCAAUCUGGGACGGAAGAGUGGCAGCCCCGGAAAUCCCCCAAUGGGGACCUACAGUUCUCCUUGGAGAGCCCCACAUUGGAACAUGCUGAAUCUCUUCUCUCUUUCCAGUUGGACUUGGGGCCUUCCAUCUUGGACGAUGUGUUGGGAGUGAUGGAUAAAGACUGGGACAGUCUCAAAGGGGAGGAAGAGGAACCAUUACGUGCUGAAAGCUCUAGCCCAGUGGGUUCAAAUCAUGGUGCAGCAAGAGAAGAGGAAGAGGAGGAGGAAGAAGAAGAAGAGGAGGAGGAGGAAGAAGACGAAGAUGAAGGGCAAGGCUACAGUUUUGAGGAUGAGCAGGAUGAAGAGAUUGGACUAUAGGAUGCUUUGCCUUUGGGAUAGUCCUACCCCUGUGUGCCCAUAUGACUUGGCUUUUCUUCUGCAGAGUUUCUGAGCAUCUCUCAGAUCUGUCAACCUUUGGUAGUAUACAGCCCAAACCUGGCCUGAAAAUGACUACAGGUUGACGCGAUCCUUCUUUGUGCCCUUCUAAGAAGCUUUGUAGCAUUCAAAUCUCUCAUAGUUGAGUUCAAGUGGAAAAUGGACUAAGGCAACCAUGAUUCUCACUGUUCUCUUCCCGAUGCACAAAAAGAUUGUGCAUCAGUUUCAGUUUGUUUGGACUUUCUUUUUUUCCCCAAAAGGGAAAUAAACUUGGCCUGUUAUCCCUGUGAUUUGUCCCACAUUGGAAACUUGUUGGGCUUGAUGCGCAGUCCUCGGUCACAGGAUGCAAUAUGGCAUACUAUCGUUGAAAAACUGGGUGGCAGUACAUAGCCACCUCUCCCUUCCCUUCAAUUUAUUAUAUUCCCCACAAUUUAUUAUAUUCGCUCCAAGACUUGGGACAUCCUUUGAUGUACUAAAGAAUAAACUGGGUAUUUCCAUAACUCUCAUCUGGAAUCUGUAAAUGGCACAUCAUAGAUGCCGUUAGAAAACUCAUGACAUCUUCCGCAUCUUUGUGGUUGAUUCAUUUUCACUCAACCUAAUUGUGGCUCGCUAUUUGACUCUGGGUUUUUUUUUUCUGUCCAACCUUGGAACUGUUUUUGUUAUGCAGAUAGAAGGACAAUUGAGCUGGUAAAUCAUUUUUCCCCUAUUGAUCUUUGUGGGGACAAAUGGUACACUUGUUCAAAACGAACAGAGCAGAAUGGGUUAAAAAUGAACAGAGAAGAAUAUAUAGACAUUUUGGUGUUUUGUCGGUCUCAAGCAAUUUCUCUAGAAAAUUCUGACUUUUUGUGUUCCUGCCCAUCUUUAAAUAUAUCUGAAUAUUUAUCCAUGUCUAGCCAGCCUUCUAUCUAUUUACCUGUUCACAAUUCUCUUUCCAUCUCUUCAUGUAUCCAUGUGUUCUUAUGUGUUUCUAGAUAUCAAUUCACUGGUGGUAUUAUUUUGGUUUUCUCUCUGUAUCCCACACUGGUUGCUCUUUGCAUUGCAGGGUUGGACUCUUGCUUUGGGACUCCAGCUCCAGUCGGGUGUACGACUGGAGGAGGAAGGCGUUGAAUGGUUUCAGAGAGGUCAGUUGAAGAAAGCGCCUUUCUGUUUGGAGAUAUGUGUGAGAGAGGAAAAUCUUGCAUAUCUUCUCAAGGAGCCAGGCUAGCGAAGAAGGACAGAAUGAGCUAAUGAAGGAAAGAUAUUUUGGGGCAUAAUGUGAAUUGACUGUUGAGCGGAAUUGUACAUAGCUACGCAACUGGUCAACUAUGAUGAGUGUAACAAUUACACACAAGUUUUGUACAUUGUUAAGAGGCUUCCCCCUAUUUUUGUCAUAACAUCAAUAUACGUUUUAUAAAAAACUGACAAAAAUAUGCUUGAACAAACUGGUCACCCAUCUCCCUUGUUUCUGCUAGUAACCUUUUUUUGGGUGCAGACUUACAGUGGGCAAAACUGGGAAUGCUCAGGUGGAGCAAACAUUCCUCUUUUUUGUUUUCCUUUGAAGCUGCGUUGAGGUCUGGGGUACAGGGUUUGCAUCGACAGACUGCAUCUCCAUCAAACAUGAACUGGACAGCCUUCCAAAUAAGCUGCUUUUAAGCUGGAUACAAUUAGUGAGCUAGGAAUGGUGAUAACUGGAGGGGAAUUGACUUGCUGAUACUAGCUGACAGACCUUUCCUUUUGAACCCUGUGAUCUGAGGACCCUAUUCAUCAACAUGACUGCUGGUCCUUUGGCCUUUCAUUUCUUCCCUGCUCUGGUUGAAAUGGCAUUCCAUUGAAAGCAUCCUCACCUCUGUAAGCUGGAUGUUGUUGGUUGAUUUUUCAAGAAAACUUUGGCUACUACCUGUGUGUCUGCACAUCAUCAGAAAGUAAUGGUAAACAGUUGGAAAAUUAACUAGCCAGUUCACCAAAUCAUUGCUGUCUUUCUCAUUUCUUCGUGCUUUCACCGCUGCUUUCUCUCAGUGGUUCUCAACCUGUAGAUCCCCAGAUGUUUUGGCCUUCAACUCCCAGAAAUCCUAACAGCUGGUAAACAGGCUGGGAUUUCUGGGAGUUGUUGGCCAAAACACCUGGGGACCCAGAGGUUGAGAACCACUGCUCUAUGAGUUGGUUUAAUUACUACACUUCUGUUACUAUGUGAUGUCCAACCAUUAUAGCAUAGCAGAGGUCACCACACCCUAUACCCCUUUGGUUGUUCCCAACUUGAACAGACCUUUUGAAUCAAUGGGGGUUUACAUAAGCCUGGACUCACAAAUCAACAGCUGAUUUAAUGGGUUUCAAUGGAGGGGGAAAUCUAGUUAGGCUCUUUAAAGGGGAAGGCACUUUCAGCAUCGAAAAAGAGUGGUUUUGAGCUCUUUCAAUGGGCUUUAAUCCAUGUAAUUUGUUUUUUUUUAUCUUCCUUUUUGGUAUUUACUCCAAAUUUGAUCAUUGAAACUGGAAAAAAAUGCAAUUGUAACAUAUGUAACCUUAUAUGAAGGUUUUUAACAGCUGGCAUUGCUCAGAUGGGGAAUCCCACUACCUGCUUUUGCUAUAAAAUAUAUACUAGGCAAAAUGUACUAGUUUGAUGUCUUCUGUGUGAUGUAACAGCCAAUGCUGCCAUUAGCAUUUACUUGUAAUAUGGCACAGGGCAUUUCCUUCUACUUGUGCUCCUCAUCUCUUGCAAGUGAAAAGGUGAUUUUUGGAAGUGAAUUUGGAGAGCCCACUGUGCUGAUACAAUACAGUGGCAAACUUAGGAGGCGACAGUAACAAUCCCUGGUUGUUUCCCCUUUGAGUUGCUGUGAGUUUUCUGGGCUGUAUGACCAUAUUGCAGAAGCAUUCUCUCCUGACGUUUAACUCACAUCUGUGGCAGGCAUCCUCAGGGGUCGUGUGGCAAAUUUGGCCCCUCGAAGUGUUUUGGACUAAAAACCUCACAAUCUCUGAGGAUGCCUUCUAUUGAUAUGGGUGAAACAUCAGGAGAGAAUGCUUCUGGAACAUGGCCAUACAGCCUGGAAAGUUCACACAACUCAGUGAUUCUGGCCAUGGAAGCCUUCAGGAACACAUUGUUUCCCCUUUGUGGCCAGAAAAGGUUGUGUGCCCUGUGUGGUCUCUCCCAUUUCCCCAAACUCACUACACUGGUAGUGGAAGGUGCCUGUAUCCCAUUGAAUAUUGGGAAUUUGUUUAUCUUUGUACCUCAAUUAGGUCUCCAACUUGUCCUCACCUCAGAGACAGAAAUACAUCAGGUUAGACCUGGGAAGGGUAGUUUUCCAUAAUGUGCCCCAGUUUUAAUUCAUACACCUUUUAGUAGAUAAUUUUGUUAUCCUGUGUAAUGGGAAAGCUUUCGUUUUCAUUUAAUUUUAAUGUAUUGACCUAUUGUUAGUCCUGAUUCGAGUACACUCAUUUAAUUAGUUGGAUUUGUAUUCCUGUUGGCUCACUGCAGGACCUUCGUAAGAGAGUUGAUAGGACAAGAGGGUCCUCUGCUAUCUGGGAACGGAAGAGGAACUUAAAUGUAUAAGACAGGUUAAAGAGGCCAUUUUGGGUGUCCAGGAAGAGAUGGGAUCAAGAGAGAAAGGUUAAAUCUCUAUAACAGUGGUCCUCAACCUGUGGGUCCCCAGGUGUUUUAGUUUACCAGAUGUUAAGAUUUCUGGGAGUUGAAGGCCAAAACAUCUGGGGACCCACAGGGUUGAGAACCACUACUCUAGAAUAUUGGCGAUCUUCUCAGUAGCUGUUCUAGGGGGAGUAAAGGGCCUUCAGCAAUUCCCACGUACCCAACAUUAUUUUUAGUUGAAUUAUAUUUCCACUGUAGCCUUCUAAACAAGUAGUUAUGGGACUCUUACAAAAAUAGAUAGCAGGGACAAGCAGGUCCCUUGUAAACUGAGCCAUGUUGGUCUUGAUCUACAACUUGAGCCUGCUUCAACUAAGGAUUUAGCUGCUAUCUCAGUGCAAAGAUGGUUCUAGACCAUUGGUCUUCAAAAGAAUGGACAGAAAGUAGAAAGAUGGUGAUCAGUGAUUCCCAACUUUUGGGCCUCCAGGUGUUUUGGACUUCAGCUCUCACAGUUUCUAAUAGUCAGCAAGCUGGCUGGGAUUUCUGGGAGUUGAAAUCCAAAACACCUGGAGGCCCAAAGGUUGGGAACCACUGAUAGUGAGGAAUGAAGGAGAGAAUGAAGGGAGGAGAAAGAGAGGCAGAGUGAAGGUCAUAUCUACACUGCAUCAGUUGGAAAGAUUCCAGGAUAGUUUUAACUUCAAUGGUCCUUCCCUGUUAGGAACUGUGUCUAGACCAGGCAUGAGCAAACGUGAUCCCUCCAGGUGUUUUGGACUUCAACUCCCACCAUUCCUAACAGCCUCAGGCCCUUUUCUUUUCUCCCUCAGCCGCUUAAGCUGAGGAAGGGGCCUGAGACUGUUAGGAAUGGUGGGAGUUGGAAGUCCAAAACAUCUGGAUAGCCCAAGUUUGCUCAUGCGUGGUCUAGACAAUCUUUGUCAGACAGCUGUUACCCAUGUCUAUUUGGGUAUGAGACCAUUAUGCCUGUUCAGCUUUGCUCCAGAGACAAAUUGGAGUGAGGUCAUGGAUAUCCCAAACAUUGCUUUUCUCAUAGGUUAGGUCUACUGGUGGCUCCCUGAGUCUGAGAAGUAUCAACAUUAUAGCUCUCCAAGAAUACUCCUUUGAUUUCAUUUUAUAUAGGGACUGCUGGGAUCCUUGUGGUUUUGCAGAAAGGAGUGGUAAGGAAAUGGGUAGUGAAGUCAAGCUUUGUCUUUAAAAAGUGUUUUCCUAUUUUAUGGCCUAACUUAUAAUAUAACCUCAAAUUUAUCCUUCUGCCUUUGUUUAUCUGUUUUUGAAUGUGAAAAAUGGUUUCCUGUAGGGAUUGUGUGGGUCUCGGGUGCUGUUCCAAGCGAUGCCAAGCAUUCAGCUGCAAAGUGACAGCCUCCGACUGCAAAAAAGAUCAGGGCAGGGCUCUGUUUUCCAUUCAUUCCCCUGAGGAGAAGGUAAACUCAGCCUCCUUUAUUCACCUUCCAGCUUUAUGCCUGAAGCUUACAUGUUAGAUCCCCGUGAACAAAUGCAGCAGCAAGGCGGUUCUCUUAUGUACAUUUAUUCUUUUGUAAUAGCCCACUUUAUGGAUUCCUGUGUAAGGAAAUGUCUAUAUAGCCCUCCCUUGCCUACAUCAUGUUAAUUUUCAUCCCUGCUAGCACAAUGUUUGUACAGUGACCAAAAAAGUGUUUGAUAUCUCUUGUAAUUAAAAACCAAUUAGUUUCGGA